UUCACACACUACCCUCAUUUCCCAAUAUAUAUAUAUACACAUUUAUGAGUGUAUGUCUAUAUAUAUGCAAGUCCUCUGAAGCUUCUGCCACCACCGCUAUGCUGCCGCCUGUCCCGGCGGCGCUACCUUCUCCAUCCUAAGCUUAGGCUCCAUUGCCUGACAUUCUUUGAUCUUUGUGGUGUUUUUUGUAAUUGUAAAGGGAAUGUCGGGUUCCAACACCAGUAAGCAGGCGCAGGCGCAGGCGCGCGACCUGAAGCAGCGGGUGCUCACGUGCCUCCAUAAGCUCUCCGACCGGGAUACACACACCGCUGCGGCGGCGGAGCUGGAAUCCAUAGCAAAAACCCUUUCAGCUGAUGCUCUCCCUCCGUUCCUGUCGUCCAUCUCGGCCACUGACUCGUCGGACAAAUCCCCGGUGAGGCGCCAAUGCAUCCGCCUCAUCUCGGUUCUCUCCGAACACCAUGGGAACUCCCUCUCGCCCCAUCUUUCCAAGCUCCUUUCCGCCGUCGUCCGCCGUUUGCGCGACCCGGACUCGUCCGUGCGCUCGGCCUGUGUGGCCGCCUCGCUGUCCCUCUCCUCACAGCUCACUUCUCCUCCAUUCACCUCUAUCACUAAGCCGUUUCUCGAAUCUCUCUUCACUGAGCAGGACUGCAACACCCAAAACGGCGCCGCGUUAUGCUUGGCGGCAGUAAUCGAGGGAUCGAGAAAUCCGGACGUGGGGAGCUUGAGAAAGCUGUUGCCGAGGCUCGAGAAAUUGGCGAAAUGUGAGAGUUUCAAGGCGAAGGCGGCGCUUUUGGCGUUGAUGGCAAGUGUUGUGGGAGUGAAGGGAGUGUUGAACGGCGGUGGGAAGAAUGCGAUCAAAAAUCUGGUCAUGUGUUUGAUGGAGUUCUUGAGUAGCGAAGAUUGGGCGGCGAGGAAGGCUGCCGCCGAGGCGUUCAUAAAGAUCGCCGCCGUCGAGAGAAAUGGGUUGUCAGAGCAUAAGGCUUCUUGCUUGAAGACAUUUGAGGCUAAGCGAUUUGACAAGGUUAAAGCUACGAGGGAGAUGAUGAAUCAGAUGAUAGAGGCAUGGAAAGAGAUUCCAGAUCUACCUGAUGAGGUCUCACCACCACCUGAAUCACAGACAUCAUCUAAAGAAAAUGCAAGUGAUGGACGUUAUCCUCCUCGCCCGGCUGCUUCUUUUGCUCUUCAAGUGAAGAAAAGUAGCCCUCUUGAAAACCAAGCUAGCAGGACACCAUUCGCUGACGGCUCUCCCGCCUCCACAGCCCGGAGAAGAAGCUCUCUAAGUGGUAGUGAAAACAGAACAGGUCCAGCACUGUUCAGGAAGUUGGACCGAAAGAAACCCUCCAACUUGAAAGUUGAAAACGCUGCUCCUACCGAUUCUUGUGGCACAGUGGUUUCAGAAGGUGCCAGAUUGGAUGGAGACGAGAGAGUUGUGGAAACAGGAGAGGAGGAGAGGAAACAGGCUGCAAAGCCAGAGAUCAGGAGGGCCCUAUUCGACGAGAACUAUGAGAAAAAGAAGCUUGGUUUGCCUAAAAGUGGCUCUCGGGUGGUUCCAGCCGGUGAGGCCAGUGUUGUAGUUAGUAAUGAAACUGCAGAUAUAUGUAGGAACCAGAGUGACUGUGAUGAUCUGUCUCUGAUCAGGAAGCAACUUGUUCAGAUUGAAAAUCAGCAGUCUAAUUUGUUAGACCUUCUCCAGAGGUUUAUCGGGAGCUCACAGAACGGUAUUCAUUCUCUGGAGGCACGAGUGCAUGGUCUAGAAGUGGCUUUGGAUGAAAUCUCAUUUGAUUUAGCAAUCUCCACCGGAAGAAUGUCAGCUAAUGAUGCUCUGUGUUGCAAGCUACCUGGUACUGAUUUCUUGAGCUCUAAGCUCUGGAGAAAAACAGAAGCUCGGCCUUAUUCAACUUCUCGAUUACCUGCUGCUUCUGGAACCCCAUCAGUGGAUGCAAGCAUCCCCAGCAAAAAUGGACAUGCUGAAGGGUUUCGGUUGCAAAAUCAAACGUAUCAGUUCCGUGGUGGUCAUGGGCUUAUCAAGAACCCAUUGGCUGAAAUCCCCAGAGGCUCCCAGGGGGUUUCAGAAGUUUCAUCAAGUGGACUUGUAAAGAACGUUGCCGUUUAAGUCAGUAGGGGCUGUACAGCUGUCAAGAUGUUUCCAGGCUAUGGUAUGAUGCUGAUGCAUAAGAAGGAAAUUUGGACAUCCUUCUUACCGUCAACUGCUAUUGCAGUCGGAGAUUACUAAGAGGAACCUUAAUAGAACCUGCACUGUGUGCUUCUUCGCAUAACAUGCUGUAAGAACGGGAAAGGAAAGAAUUCAGACUGGUAUUUGGUGGAAGUCAUCGUCAGGGGAAAGACGACUACUCUUUCCAGCAGGCAGGCUUGAAGACUUAAGGAUAUCAUACUAAGAGGAUUUGUCUUGUCUUCCAUUUUUCUAAGUACUAAGAAUCAAUCUUGUCUCAUUCUUUCUCGAGUUGAGAUUGCUUCCUUAUGAAUGAUAGCUGAGGGUGUGAAUGAUGGUAAUCUACA